AUGAAUACCUCAAUUCUUCCAAUUAAUUCAACAACACCUCUGCCACUCUCUCCAGAACGCACCAUCGAUACUAUUACUAACGCUGUCAAUGCUACUACUGGUUUUAAUGCCGCCAUCGCUGCUACUAGCAGUACCACCACCACCGCUAACUUUGAUUCUGACGCAUUCAUAAACAGAUUUACAGACAUUCUUACUCAUGCCGAAUAUCUUCUCUUGCUUAAACCCCCAUAUUCUCUUACCGCAUCGCUCAAUACUCUUCUCGAUCCAACACGCACAAACCGUGCAAGAAGGAACUCUUAUCCACCUCGUCCCAGGAAUAGUUGGUUGAUAUUCAGAACAGAUUACAAAAACAAGUUACGUGUUAUUCACCCUGAUCAACCAUCAACUAUAGAGAAAGUGUCUAAGCUAGCUAGUUCUGAUUGGGCAAAUCAGUCGGAGGAAGUCAAACAAUUCUUUACCGUACUUUCAAAAAUGGCUAAAAAACUCCAUGAAGAUGUUUACCCUAAUUAUAUUUAUCAUCCAAGGAGGAACAGUAAUAACGGAAGGUUUGUUUUCAGAGUGAUAAGUGAGGAACAAAUUAUGAGACGUGGUAGAAGUGCAAAUGAGAGAAAUCGAAGGAACAGAAGAGAUAAUGACGAGAACACAGAGGAAAUGGACGAAAUGCGCGUUCGGUUAAAUGACGAACAACGUAAUAGCGUGCAAGUAAACGCCAACAAUAUUGCUGGUGUAAACAACGUACACGAUAAUGGACAUCUUUCCAGUGUUUCGCUCAAUGACUAUGACGUAAACAACCCUGGUUUUUUCACUGACUCGGACAUUGCCGAUUCCACACCUGAACACUUGAACAUUAUCGACACAUUGUCACAAAUUAUUGAUAUUAAUCUUUAUAACCCUAACCCCAACUACUUGAAUCAAAUCAUGGGUCAAGAAAAUUUCACAUACGGCGAUGACAACGAAAUUGGCACAAACUUUGGUAUCAUGUCAACUCAACCUUCUGGUCAAAUUCUCAACCAUUUAUCUUUCGAACCAUCAAUUCACACUCCGACGACGUUUGAUGUGUACAAUGGACUUUGA